AAAAUUGAUGAUUAUUAAAUCUUUAUAAUUUGCAUUUUAAUAAAAUGUAGACCAGGUGUUAUUAAUAUUCAGUGAAUGUUUCCAAGGUGACAUUUGGACUUUGUUAAGUAUUUCCUUAAUCAACUCUUACAAAAUAAUCCUACUUAUGCUUACUGUAGGAAAUGUCAGUUUUUUAAACAGCAGAUUUUGUCGAGUCCUUAUCCAAGUGUUAUUCAGUUUAUUCAGAUCAAUGUUUUCUGCUCUUUACACUAGCGUCAUUUUCGGGCGUGUUCCAGCAAAAUCGAUUUUGUCUCGUUCUUAGUUUUGACGCCCUGUUUACACAACCAAAGGGACAAAAUAUAAAACUAAAAACGAAUCAGUAUAAUUACAGGCACAAAAUCGCCUGAACGAUUUUGCAUUGCCGCCUUUCAAUACUAUUUAACUUUCCAUGAACCCAAUGUUUUUAUAUUUUCUGGUCCACAAAUGUAAUAAAAUUAUGUCGUAAAAUAUCCUCAUUCAAUAUUCUGUGAUAUUAACAUGAAAACGGAUACAUUAGACAGUCUUUGUUUCAAUAUAAGAGCAAUAUACAAUAUGUCAAGACAAACUUCACGCAAGUCUUUGAUUCGAUAAUAAUAUUGCCAUGAUACCAUGCACGGAGAAGAACACUCAAAAGUGAAAGAAAUUAUUGGUUAAUCCAAUGAUUCAAAGGUUUAGUUGAGAAAUUUAUUGGUGAUGAUUUGGAAAAUUGUUUAUUACAAUGUAUUGUGGAUUAGUUUCAUUCUGUUUGGUUUUGAAGCAACGUCUUACUCAUCAUCAUUGAAGCAAGAUCUGGAAGACAUUUCAUUAUACACCGCGCCAUCUCAGAAUAAAAUACGAAACACAAAAUGCAAUGUGAGAAAAGAAUUCACAUUUAUGUCAAUACCAGAGCGUAUGCGAUUUAUUCAAACAUACAAAACUAUAACCACCAAGGAACCCUAUGUAUCCCGUUAUCAAUCACUAAUUUUUGAUCAUCCCUUGUUGGCCGGUCAUAUCCACACGAAAGAACAGUUCUUUCCUUGGCAUCGUCUGAUGUUACGCAAUGUUGAGAAACUUUUGCAGGAGGUUGAUUCUCGUGUAACACUUCCAUAUUGGGAUUGGAGUUUAACACAUCUUUCGCCGUGGAGGACUUCAACAUUGGAUAUCUGGAGUGCUCAGCCCUGGGGUCUGGGCGGUAAUGGUGAUAACGUCACAGGCUGUGUGACCAAUGGUCCUUUUUCACGUGAUCUAUGGGAAAUCGCGACAGGAAACGGUGGACGCACGUGUCUCAAGAGGAGAUUUAAUGGGAUCCUUCCUGGCAUCAUGACUAUACAUCGUGCUUUGCGGUUUGAGCCGGCAAAUUUUACACAGUUUGAAGACUACAUACGUAAUUUCAUUCAUGACGUCAUACACUGGAGGAUCAGUGGGACUAUGGGGGAUAAAUAUGGCAGUAGAUCCCCUGAAUUCAUGCUACAUCAUGCAUUUUUGGAUAAAAUUUGGUCAGAUUUUCAAGCCCAAAGUCCAGAACACAAAUGGGUGUUUUUUAAUAAAGCAGAUUAUAAUAUUUAUAAGACUAAUAUUUUAGCAAGAAACGUGGUUGAUAAUGCCAACAUUCUAAGAGCAAGAAUUUGCUAUAAUGAUCCUUUCGAAAGUUAUAAAGACACACACAAAGCGUUAAGGAAGUAUGAUUUAACCACUGUGCGAAAAUUGAUGACAACAGAAGCGUUUAGUGCGCCAUAUUUUAAAAGUUAUUUUAGCUAUUAGUAUGU